CAAUGCGCUGCUGCGAGCGGCGCUGAUGCUGCUCCGGCUCCCAUGUCUGGGGAGGUACCAGCGACCCAGGUGUGCCGAGCGGACGACUGAGAGGCACAGCCCGGCUCAGCGGGAGAUGGCUCUCCCCUCACUGAUGACACGUGAUAGAUCUCACGCCGCUCGCAGUGUCGCCGCGCCGAUGACCAUGUGGCCUGCUCCCAUCUUGCUGUUCUGCUUGGCUUCCUUCUCCACUGCAACGUCCCUCUAUGGCGAAGAGUUCAAGGGCUGCAGAGACAAUAGUAGCAGUUCCGGCCCGGUGUUCGAGGAGCAGCCUGCGGACACCAUCUACCCAGAAGAGUCCCCAGAGAAACAGCUCCUGCUGCACUGCCGUGCCCGUGCCAGCCCUCCUGCUGCCUACAAGUGGCUGCUGAAUGGCCAGGAGAUCAAGCUGCUGGAGGAGCCAGAUGAGCACUACAGCCUGGUGGGUGGGAACCUACAGAUUCGACAGCCGGAUCGCAGCCGGCACGCCGGCAAUUACAAGUGUAUGGCACUGAAUGAGUACGGCAGCAUCAUCAGCAGGGAGGCUGUCGUGAGGUUCGGAUACUUGGAUACUUUCUCCACUGAGGAGCGGGAGGCAGUGUUUGUCAAGGAGGGCCAGGGAGUGGUGCUGCUGUGUGCCCCACCUCCACAUCAUCCAGCUGAGCUGUCGUUCCGCUGGAUGCUCAACGAGUUUCCGAUCUUCAUCCCCUUGGACAAGAGACGUUUCGUCUCCCAGACCACAGGAAACCUCUACAUCUCCAAAGUGGACUCGACCGACUCGGGAAACUACUCCUGCUUUGUGUCCAGCCCGUCCAUCUCCAAAAGUGUCUUCAGCAAGUUCAUCCCACUGGUGCCAAUAACAGAGCGCCCAGUCCGGAAGUAUCCAGCAGACAUUAAGGUUAAAUUCCCGGACACCUAUGCUUUGGUGGGACAAAACGUGACACUGGAAUGUUUCGCUCUAGGAAAUCCCAUCCCAGAGGUCCGCUGGAGGAAGGAGGAUGCGGAGAUGCCCCCCCGCCUGCAGACCAGCAUGGCGGGCGCCUUGCUGCACAUCCCCAGUGUUCAGCUGAGUGAUGAGGGAAUCUACGACUGCGAGGCUCUCAACUCCAAAGGCAAAGAUCGCCACAGGACCAGGCUGUACGUGGAUGCUCACCCCGUGUGGGUGGAGCACAUUGUCAGCAUGGAGAAGGACAUCGGCAGUGAGCUGACCAUGUCGUGCGUGGCCACUGGCAAGCCCAAGCCUCACAUCCGCUGGCUGAAGAAUGGCGAGCCGCACGGCAGAGGGGAGCUGAAGUUCGACAGGUUGGCGCUGAGUGACUCCGGAAUGUACCAGUGCAUCGCACAGAACAAGCAUGGAGUCAUUUACGCCAACGGUCAGCUGUCUGUCAUGGCUUGCUCUCCCUCGUUCGAGAAGAACCCCGUGAAGAAGGAGAUCCUGGGCGCCAAGAAUGGGCGGGUGGUGAUAGAGUGUAAGCCGCAGGCCGCCCCCCGAGCUCGGCUGUCAUGGACCAAGGGCACCGAGCUGCUCUCCAACACGUCCAGAAUCCGCAUCUGGGAGGAUGGCAGCCUGGAGAUCCUCAACGUGUCCAAGGUGGACGAGGGAAAGUACAGCUGCUUCGCUGAAAACAACAGGGGCAAAGCCAACAGCACCGGGUCCCUGUCCAUCACAGAGGCCACCAAGAUCACGCUGGCCCCGUCCAACGCCGACGUGCAGGUGGGGGAGGAUGCGCGCAUGCAGUGCGGAGCGUCACAUGACUCCAGCCUGGACAUCACGUUCACCUGGGCGCUGGAUGGCCACGUCAUCGACUUUGACAGAGAGGGCGAGCAUUACCAGCGCACGAGCCGGGAAUCCAGCAGCGAACUGCACAUUCGGAAUACGCGGCUGAAACACGCCGGCCACUACAUCUGCACCGCCCAGACCAUCGUGGAUGACGUCAGUGCCUCAGCCGACCUCUUUGUCAGGGGCCCUCCCGGUCCUCCACUGGGCGUGCAUGUGGAGGAUAUCAAAGAGAAGUCUGUUAAGCUCCUCUGGAGUCGAGGCCCAGACAACCACAGCCCCAUCUCCAAGUACACCAUCCAGGCCAGAGAGACCUCCUCUGCUAACCCCGACGAGUGGAAGGAUGUCAGCACCUGGCCGCCAAACGUGGAGGGCAACGCGGAGACCGUCAUCGUGGUCGACUUGAUUCCCUGGACGGAGUACGAGUUCCGCGUGAUAGCCACCAACACCCUGGGUACGGGAGACCCCAGCAGCCCGUCCCCCAGAAUCACGACGCUGGAAGCAGUUCCUGUGGUGGCUCCGUCGGACAUCGGAGGGGGUGGCAAUAUCAGCAGAGAGCUGGUGAUCACCUGGACGCCUGUCAAGCGUGAGUACUACUAUGGGCCGAACUUUGGCUACAUCAUCGCCUUCAAGCCGCACUAUGACUCCGAGUGGAGGAAGGUGACUCUGGCUGACCCUGAGGCCAGACAGUACAUCCACAAAGACCCCGGCCUGCCUGCCAACACAGAGUUCCAGGUCAAGGUCAAAGCUUUCAACAACAAGGGCGAAGGCCCUUACAGCCUGACAGCCAUCAUUUACUCACCACAAGAUGUCCCUCUGGAGCGUCCUGCAAAUGUGGUCGCCAGGACAUUAUCAGCAACAGAGGCCAUUGUAGUGUGGCUGUCGGGGACCCAGCCAGGCAUCGAGGGUUACCAGGUGAAGUACUGGAAGAAACACGACGACAGUGAGACGGCCAACCAGAAGGUGCAGGUGCCCGCCACUGAGAACCAGACCCGCCUGGAAAACCUGCUGCCGAACUCGUACUACGUCAUUGAAGUGCAGGCGUACAACACAGCCGGAUUUGGCCCCCCCAGUAACCGCUACGAGAUUCACACCAAGAAAGCACCUCCUAGUCGCCCCCCCAGAAUAAUCAAGAAAAGCUUCAGCCGGAGCGUGGUCAACAUCGCGUGGGAGCACGUGGAGCCCCUGGCCAAUGAGUCCACCAUAAAUGGCUACAAGGUCGUGUACAGACAGGAGGGCGACGCCGAUGAGGUGCUCUACACCACCACCAAUGAGCACUCCAUCAACCUGCCGCUUCCCAAGAAGGGCUACUACGUGGUGAAGGUGCGAGCCAUCAGUGAAGGUGGGGAUGGAGCCGUCACAGAAGUGCACAUUUCAGGUGGCGCGAUGCUUUCCGCACAGCCCCUCGGUCUGGCCGCCCUGCUCGCUGUCGCCCUCUGCUGCCUGGGAUUGUGAAUGUAGCGCCAUCCACUGGCCUGAACUCUGGUGGAGAGGACUCCGCCAGCACGGACUUGGACUCCUGCCCCCAGUACCUGGUUUCAACAUAUGGCCAAAUGCAAUAUAGGAAAAACAGAAACAUAAAAGACAUGCAGGAGGAACUGGGACGGACGGAGAAAUGCAGAAAACCCUUAUUUAGAAAUUAUAAAGUUAUCUUUGUUCAAGGAGCACAGGAAAUGUUUUAACUCAGUAUGCCUUACCUAUAAACUCCUACUGGUCUUUCAUUGUUGCAUGAAUUGCUCUAAAGGGUAUUUCACCAUGACUACUCAGUAGACUACAGCCAAGGAGGCGGGCGUACAGCAGGCUGGGGAGCCCUCCUCGACAGGGACCUUGCUAGAGAUCUUGGGCCCCAUGGAAGCAUAUCAUAUUGGGCCCCCCAGCCCAGACAAAUCUAGUUAUUUUCCUUUUUUUUUGGCCCCUGUCAGUCAGUCAUCCUAAUUUCCCCCCAGCCCUCCUCAGGCCUGAAGUAAAUAAUUCAUGCCACAGAUGAAUUGAUGAAUGAUUUAACAUGGCACAUUCAACCAUCACGUGGAGUGCAGUGCAGUUAGGGUCUGUUUUUGUGGUUUGCAUAUUUGGUAUGUGGCUUUUUCACCCAUCAUCACAGGAUAAACUUUACUGGGAUACAGUCAGAAGCAGAGAGGUUUUAAUAAUCCUUGUGUUGUGUUUGCGAGCGAUUCCGGAUGUUUCUGUAGGCAGUCAGUGUAGGUGCUUUGAUAGCUGAUCCCAUCGGUUAACAAUGAAACGGUAACAUGCUCCUUGACUUUUGAAUGUGUCUCUUUUCAAACCAAAUCACGAUUUAACAAAUCGCCCAAAUUUUCAAUAAAAAGCAGCAUUACCAUCCAUAGCGACAUGUAACAUUUGACAGAAAAAAAAGUUUAAUUGUUGCAGCGGAAAGUGUUUUAUAUUUGUAGAUAGCAAGCGUUUAAAAUAUCGAGAUCAUGCCGCUGUUUAGUGUCUGUGUUUUUGGCAGAAUAAGCACCUCGGUUGGGGACACUGCGCAGGGUGAGGGCGCGUUUGCGGGAUCGGACACAGCGGGACGGACACUCCCCCGUGCGGCCAUCCAUGCGUCUGCAUGCCAGCCUCCUGUCUGCCGAGCGUGACCGUCUGCGGCGUCCGUCACCAACACACCUCCACCAGCUUUGCUUGUCUGUUUGUUUUCUAAAAUAUUCUAAACCUAAGUCAUGGUUUUUAUUGUCGUGAAAAAAUUAUUCAAGAGAAACAGAAUAAAGAAACCUGUAAUUACCCGAGAAAUCAGGCUGGUUUGGGGUAGUAUAGUGUUCUCGAUUAUUAUUAUUAUUAUUAUUAUUAUUAUUAUUAUUAUUAUAGCUGCACUGGUGGUUACUAAGGAUUUUUAGUGAGGGACUCCCGUGACUAGAAUACAUACUAUAUCCUCUUGUUUACAAUAAUUUAUGUUUCACUUUAAUAAGACAUCGCCUGAGUUGCUUAUCCAGUGGGAUAAAGACAGGGGGCGCUCUGCUCUUUCGCUGUGACAUAUUCCCUAAGUCCAUGAAGGGUGCAUGAAGGUAUCCAAACCUAAAGGACCUGCCACAUUCAGAUGGAUCAGCACGGGAACCCCCCCCCAGUCAGAUCUGCAGCUCACUCUGUUUCAUCUGAAUAAUUAACUGACACAAGUCUUACAUCAAUGACACUUAAGUCACUGUGACUGGCUGAAAGCAGAUUCUUAAGUGUUCAGGUUUUAUAAUGAAUUAAUUCUUAUGGCUAAAACACUGGUGAUAUGCUGACAUGGUGUAAAUCGUCUUGAUUUUAGUCUGUGUUUAGCGCGGCUUCCAUGGGUGACCAAGCAGGCGGCCAAACCUGCCUUUAGAGCCUGGACAACCGAAUGAUGGUCUGACGCCCAGACAGACCUGGAUCUUCUCCAGGCUAAAUCAUCCAUGCAGCCGGCCGGUCGCUGUGCCCUCACCACAAAACCAUCACGUUAGGCCACUGCCUGUGAACUUCAUUGUAAUGCAUAAUCCUAUUGAAAGUUAAAUAAAUUUCUCUCUAACACAAAAUGUCAUUAUGAUUCAGCAGUAGAAUAUUAGACUUUUUUAUUUUCAAAAAUUAUUUUUGUGUUUUUACGAAAGGUUUUAAAUGCAUAAGCACUGAGAUUUUCUCUGAUAUUUACAGUUUAUUAGAGGUUUGUUAUGGAAAAGUAAUUCAGGUCACUUAUGUAAAGAGCCUAAGUCCUAAUUAUAUCAAAUUUGCUUAUUAAAGUAAAUGAAGUGA